AUGUACCGGCUAUACGUUAUAAAAUACCAACUUUGAAAUAACAUCUUGCAAGAAACAUUUCAUGGCCUUUAUACACUGAACACUGAAAGCACUUUCAUCUUGCUCGUCUAAGACAUUUGCAUUCAUAUUCCAUAAGCAAAUUCCAUCUCGUUCUCUAUAUUCUGUAUCAAUAUUUUGACAAGCCUGCCUUAGUGGAUGGAGGGAGCAUUUGCUUUUAUCGCAGCGAUUGAAUAGAUAUCGACGCCAAUAUUUAGUCGCCGGAGAACCGCUGAACGGAAAUCGUCCCUUCGAGCCCGUCCCAUGCAACUGCUGGCUAACGAUACAUAAAAAGUGAAAGGUGUUUGUACGCCUUUCACCCACACAGCAAGCACAACAAAUACCCUUCUUAUUCACCCCAUACCUCGGGCUUCUCACUAAUGAAAUACUUAAACACGGACGGUGUGCAAGCGACAUUCAACCAGCGGCAGUGCCUUCUCCAACUUUACAUGCAGCCUUCGUCAUCAUCAUCAUCAUCAUUCUCGCGUGCCUCAAACAAAAUCGUGUGUGAAUUUGUGCUUUUUCGACAUCCUUUUUACUGACUUGAAAUUUCACCAUUUCUGCCUCGCCCUUUUCUCCCCGGAUAUUGUGUAAGACUGGCAGCGCUGUAUUUGAUUCUUUCUAUUCCUUCAUCUCCCGCUUUAUUCAUUUUUUCCUCUCUCUCUCUCUCUCUCUCUCUCUCUCUCUCUCUCUCUUCUCCGGUCGAUUCAUCAGAGGAAAAAUCGUGGAAUGGGACACAAUCACAACCACUAUAGCGGAGAGUAGUUGGCUCGCGAGCUCGAGCAAGCUUGGCGCGCUGCAUUGAACGUGCUUUGUGGCUCGUGAGUGACGCCUGUUCGUUACCAUGACAACGAGGUGCCGCCGACACUAAACGGGACCCAGUUUAAAAGCGCGAUUACUUCUCAACCGAACGCGAUUGUAAUUCCACUUCAUUUCCCCCUCCGCGUCUUCACAAUUUUCCCCACCCUCAGUAGUUUUUUCAAGAUCUUUUCAUAUUUUGUUUUCUACUGGAGUGGAGUUGUACAGAUAUGGAAAUGGACAUCGCUCCCAAACGAGAUGGACUUUCGCUGAUGACAGGUGUUAAUGUAACAACCAACGGCUGCGGCGCUGUGAAUGACACCAGCAAACACGAUGGCGGAACCGUCAUGGAGUUAGAGAAGGGAGGUGGAUGUGGAAGGGGCGGAGGAGGAGGAGGGGGAGGUGGGGAUGAGAUGAUCCCACCGGACCAGUACUGUAAAUGGGUGGAGAAAACUUACGGCGACAGUGGCAAGACAAAAACGGUGACCCGGAAGAAGUACAAUCGCAUUGUGGCCGUUCUCAAAGGAGAGGAACUUCCGUCGGCGGAAAAUGGCCGUUUUCGAUUUUGGAUUAAAGGAAAGAAUUUCAAGUUAGCAGCUGCUGAGAAGGGUCAGCCUGAUUAUGGACGAAAAGUGCUUUAUGUUCCCGUAAAAUCUACGGAUUCUGACGGGACGAUAGUGGACCGGGGUUAUAAGCGUGUUGCCGUGGUGGAGGACUUCUAUACCAUCAUCCACAGUGUGCACGUCGGCAGCGACAGCAAGAACGGCAAGCAUGCAGGCCAGAAGAGGACCUACCGAGCCGUUGCAGAAAACUAUGCAUUCCUUCCUCGAGAAGCCGUCACUCGAUUCCUCAUGAGCUGCAGUGAGUGCCAAAAACGCAUGCAUCUAACCUUUGACACGACCCAAAAGAAUGGGGUCGCGCGCAAAACCAAAGAUUCGACCAAUGGGCGACAGGCGUGCAGUGACGCAGUCAAGGAUAUCGACUACAAUCUACCAAUCACAACGACGUAUCUCAAUCAUCUACGGAACAUGCGCAUAACCAGAUCGGAAACUAUCGAGGACGAGACAUCACUCUCAAGCGCCGACACUGAAAUAAGUGACCCCAGCCUUCUAUCCGAAACAAGUGCCUCACAAGCUGUAGAAGGGGUCACCACUCCAGCAGAACCUGAUAGACUGAGUCCACAGCCGCUAGAUCUUAAAAAAGGGGAAAUCAUGAAGGAGACUGGCAGCCAGGGGACCCACACCCCCGACGAACACGGGAGAUCAUCCGCAGAGCCUGACACACAAGCCAAGACAGAUUCAGCGUCCAAAUCAUCAAUAACGAGGGCACCCCGGAUGUGA